GUACAUAGUGAAUACGAAGUGUAUAAAUUCUGCUGCGUGUAAAUUAAUUUUACAACCUAAAAUUAAAAUUGCGGCUAGUGAUUGUGAACAGUGUCAUAACAGCCACUCCAGUCUGAAUAAAUUCCUCUGUUAGAGCAUGUCCGACUACUUCGAUGAAAUGGGUUGGACACCGUUAGAAGACGGUGAGGCACCAAAUCAUUUAAUACACAUGGCAAGGCUUUUACGUGAUUUUGGUAUGUGGGAUUUGUUGGGUCAAACUACCAGAUUGCCACCACCUGCUUCGAAAUCUGCAAUAGAAAACUUAAGAGAAAUUGAAACGACUUCUUCUGAUUCAGAACAAUGUCCUGUAUGUUUAAAAGAGUUCGAAGAUGGAAUAUUUGCAAAGUGCAUGCCUUGUGAACAUGUUUUUCAUAAGGAAUGUAUAAUACCAUGGUUAGAAAAGACGAACUCUUGCCCGCUCUGCAGACAUCAGUUACCAACAGAUGAUGAAGAUUAUGAAACGUACAGAAAAGAAAAACAACGCGAAUUGGAAAGACAAAAGGACUUAGAAACUUUACAUAAUUCAAUGUUUAUGUAGAAAAAUACAUAUUUAUAUAUAAAAA